CUGCCCAGACACUUGGAACCGGACAAGUCACCUCUCUGUAAGUGACACUGCUUCAAUCUACGUGGUUUUCUCCUGCUUUACUGUGCCCCCAAACGGCACGAUGGUCCAGGGCGCGUCUGAGAUCGCGGCGCUUUGCGUGGGCCUGGUCGGUCUGAUCGGAGCGGCCGCCGCCACCGGGAUGCCCAUGUGGAAGGUGACGGCGUUCAUCGGGGAGAACAUCAUCGUCAUGGAGACGCGCUGGGAGGGCCUGUGGAUGAACUGCUAUCGGCAGGCCAACAUCAGAAUGCAGUGCAAGGUGUACGACUCCCUGUUGUACCUGCCUCCCGACCUGCAGGCUGCCAGGGGUUUGAUGUGCUGCUCCGUGGCUCUCGCAGGUCUGGCGUUGCUAGGGGCUCUGGCAGGGAUGCGCUGUAUCUCCUGCAUCCAGGAUAAUGACCACGCCAAGACCUGCAUUCUCAUGGUGGCGGGAAUGAUGCAGUUCCUGGCCUCCCUCUGCGUGUUCAUUCCGGUGUCAUGGACGGCCCACGUGAUCAUCCAGGACUUCUACAACCCUCUCCUGAUCGAUGCCCAGCGCAGAGAGCUGGGGGAGGCGCUCUACAUCGGCUGGGUGACCGGGGCCUUCCUGUUCGCCUCGGGGAUCCUCUUCGUCUGUCGCCACGUGCCCUCUGACAAAGCCUCGCUAGAUAUCUGCCACCCCGCCAACAGGCUCAACAAACCCACCAUGAUGCGGUACCGCCCCAUCUCACAGAGUCACAGCAUAGACGGACGCCAGCUACACAACCGCCAAGAUCUGUCUCCUCCGAACCUUCCUUACGGACCUGGUGGGGUGGUUUUAAACACUCCGGCUGCUGUGUAUGAUUCCAGGAUGGUGGAGAGUAUGGGGCCGUUGGUCUAUCAGCCGUGCAGCCUUGGUGGACAACCUACUUUUUCCUCUCAAAGCUCCAACUACAUCAGUAGCCUUUCCACUCAUGGCAACUCCUCACGGGUCCUUUUACAGAAUCCGUACUCCGGUAAUCAACAGACGAUUGCUCCGUCCACCGCGAACACCGCCAGUCGACAUCCCAGCGCGUACUCCUUUAAUCGCCCGGGAAGCACAUCCGCUUCGCACAACACAUCUUUGCGAGCUGUACCUCGCAAUCCCGUUUUCAUCAGAUAUGAAAGAUCCACAGCAAAGCCACCACAGUCUUACCACAGUGGUAGCAGUGUGGGUGUGUACAUCUGAAUGGACCUUCAGAUUCCUUCACGAUUCCUUCAGAUUCUUCAUUUAAUGUUUAUUAUUGUCACAAUUGGAUCUGUAUAUUAGUUUGCAGUGAAGUUAACUGUCUUUUUGGGGCAGGGGGGUUUGUUUAUGUUUAGUGUAUUGGAAGGCUAAAUUGACAUUGCGAAACUUAGCAUUUUAGUUUUUUCGGUGAAGUGAGACGUUGUCAAAUGUUGUCAAUGUAAACACAGGUGAGACUUGUGUUUGUGUCUUAAAUUGCAACCUAUUUCCUAUGUAGCACACUGAUGUCUAUGGAGCUCUGUUUCAAAAGUGGUGUUUAAUUUAGAGAAUAGGGUGCCACCUGGAAACAGACAUUGGGACUGGGCUUCCAUUAAGAAUGAACAGGGGCCGGGUCCCCCAUGGGAACAGUGAAGAGAAUCGAGUGCCAUGAGGGACGUAACACAACAUUUGUUUUCUCAAAACACACCGACCUAUAUAGACCCGCUGCAAGAGAAAUGCAGAAACAAUUAUUGUUUAGAGAACAUUUUUAGGAGAAACCCGGAAAGCUUUUGAGUUAAAGGGAACCAGGAACCUUUUUGUAAAAUACCCUUACAGGCUUGCCUCUUUAGAUGUAACACAAAAAAGUAACUGUCCCAACAAUGACAUUUUUUUUCAUGGCUGAAAAUGUAUCAAAGGUGGUACCCCAACCCCUCGCUAGCCCGUGCUCUAUCGGACACCCCUUUGUGAUAUAAUUUAUAUAAUAUUUGGUCACUUGAAAAAGAAAACUAUUAUAGUGUUAAAUCUGCCCUGUUGUCCA